AUGUCGUCUGUUGAUACUGUUAAUAUUCCCCGCCUUUAUUUUGAUCUAGUGGAGAGUGAUCGUUACAGGGACUAUCCUUGGGGACUUCUUGUAUAUGAAGAAUUAGCUAAGAGUUUGAAUAAAAAGUUGAAACCCAAAGGGAAGUUUUACAUGCUUCAUGGAAUGCCACUUGCCAUCCAGAUUUGGCUGUAUGAGUGUUGCUCUGUUGUCCCUCGUACUAUCGCUUCCAAGGUGGAUUCUCAAAUUCCACAUCUUUUAAAUUGGAAGACAAAUGCUAUUCGCCCACGAUAUGAAUCAUUGAUGGAAAGUUUGUUUAAUGAUGCAAAUGAUAAGGUUGUUUUUGAGAACAUUAAGCCAACACGAAAGGAGAUUUCAACCUUUCAGAUACUAAAGGUUUUCCAUAGAGGUGGAAGUCAUAAAGAAGAUUAUGUUGAUUCUGAUGAUGAUUUUCAUAAUCCACCACUUCAACGGAAGCUUUCAAUCAGCAAAAAAAAACAUCAGGGCGAUUCGUCGUAUUCAUCUGCCAAGAAAAAGUUGAAGAAUCAAUCAAAAGGUGCAGAUCAGCAUACACCAAAAAGGAAUACUCCAAGUCGUGCUGUGAAUAUGUCUUCUGUGAAGACACUAACUUUCAAGUUGGUUCAAUCAGAAGAAACAGUACCUUCAAACAGGAAAGACAUUCCGAUUCAGUCGCCUGAUAUGUCUUUUUUCAAACGUUCAGACGAAGAUGAUCUUGUUUCUAAGAAAGUGUUUGAAAAGUUUCGUGAUGAGGUUCGAAAGGAGUUUAAUGACAUUCGAAAUUUAGUAUCAACAAGGUGUGAUCAAAUAAUGAAUUCAAUAAAUGAGUUUAAGGUUAAAGAUUAUGAAUUUGUCAAGCCACAAUUUGAUGAAUCUGAUAGCGAUUCUUCACGUCAUGAAUCCACACCAAUUUUACAUCAUGAUUUUGAAAUGAAUCCUGAAGUCACGUUGGACAAAAUUGAUAGUUCUGUGCAUGAAGCAAGAGAUGUCUGUGAUUCAAUGAACAAAAAAAAUGUUGAUGAAAGUGUUGGUGAAGCACAAUUUUCAGAUUCACAAUUCACAUUUUCAGAUGAGAACACAGAAACAGCUGUACGAAUAAUUGAAAAUACAUUAACAGCUGAUGUUGAGCAAUCAAAAUUGGAUGAAAAAGUUAAUUCAGAAGUACACAUUCAUGAAGCAGCAUCUGGAGAAGGGAAGGGUGAACUAAAUUUACGUGAUUCCCAAGUAACACUUCCUAGUGAGUUGCUAUCCAGCCUUAACGCCUAUGUUAAUCUGGAAAGAAGCAUAAUUGUACAUCCAUCUACAAAUAAAGAACAAACGCCUAUGAAUGUUUCAAGAGUCAGGAGACCAUCUAAAUUCAAGGAGUCACCAUUCCCUAUAAAAUUUGGCUCAGUAGAAGGGAGCACAGAAGUGCAGACCAAAAAAUUCAACUUGAAGCAUCCAUUUGCAUCUCAUCCAAUCUAUGAUAUUGAAGACACUAAGGUCACCACUAAGUUUUUGGCGUGGCUUUCAGUGGACCUUCUCAAAUAUCAUCCGAAGAAGAGCAACAGAGAGGAACAUUAUAAGGAAAACAAGUCGAGGAUGUCAGUUAUGAAUUUUGGCAUUCUAUCAGUUGAUGACAAGAAUUGGUUCUACAUUAUGGGUAUUCAUGGACAGUCAUGGUCAGAUGAGCAAAUUGAUGUUUGCCUUUACUAG